AUGAUAUUGGCUACACAUAAAAUAAACAACAGAAAAACACCAACAAACACCAGAAUCCUGACGACAGCCUUUCUCCAGUCCCGCAGCCGCUAUCGGUUCGAGUACGGCAUGCAGGACGCGGGCCCUCGACGCUCCUUCGGCCACGCGGAAGCAGGGGACGCAGCCAAGAAGGACGGGGAGUACUUCGUGCGCCUCCCCGACGGCCGGACGCAGACGGUGUUCUACCACGCCAACGACACGGGGUACUUCGCCCGGGUGGUUUACACGAUGUCGGGAGGCGGUGAGGGUGCUCAAAGGGGCUCUGGAGGACGUCCGAGGGCGGCGUCUUAUCUCCCGAAGGGCCUGAGGAAGUCCCUGUCGUCUUAUCCUGACGCGGGGAGUAAGGUAGAGAGAGCGAGGGCGAGUAGCAGAGUCGGGAAGCCUUCCGGUUACUCCAGGACGAAGAAGAAGACUCCUGCAGGGGAGUUUUAUAAGCCUGUGUAUCUUUAUCCUAAGAUUCGCGUGCGGCCCAAGUCCGUUCCGGGGUCUCUCACUUAUCCGGAUUCCAUGACCCCGCACCUGCCUCGUCCUCCUGCCCACGACGCCCUUGACAACUCCGUAGUGCCAACCGCCGUGCCAGUUGUCAUCCCCGUGGACGACCGCAAUCCCCCUGUGGUAGGCAAAAGGAUCGCACUGCCCCUCCACAGGUCCCUCGCGUCCCACAGGAAGGAAGUUAACAAGAAAAGACUGGCCAAGGCGAGGAAAUACAACCAUGAGGACAGCCACGUCCUCAGAGAACUGGCGGAGUAUGAUGAGGCCGCGGAGGAAUACCUAACUUACACUACAACUCGUUCUAGGCAUCACUUCAACACAUUCUUGAGACCUAAAUCUGGAAAGGAUGGGAAUCUACCAAACCGAAACUUCAAAGAAAAGUUGUUGGCAGAAAGUGUUGACUUCGGUUUUAUAUCACAACCUAAUAAACUUUUACAGAUGCAUAAUCCCCCGGAAAAAAAUCGAGUUGGUUUAUCAGUAACCUUCCAGACACCCGUGAGAGUGGAUCUCUGCGACUGGGAUAUUCAAGCGAAGAUGUUUGCAACUGUGGGCGUCAUCUUGCUCGUUGCAGCAGUUGGCAUCGUGGGCGGGGGUGCCAUCUACCGUCGCCGGAGUGGCCGAUGCAGAAGCACUCGGCAGAUGAAGGGCAAGACUGUCAUCGUCACGGGAGGGUCUUCCGGGAUUGGACUUAGUACGGCAGAGGACCUAGCUCGUCGCGGGGCAAGGGUCAUCCUCGCCUGUAGGAACGCCGCCAAAGCCAGUCAAGUCGCACACGGAAUUCGGGAGAGGACGGGCAACGCUGACGUGCAGGUGAGGGUCCUGGACACGUCGGACUUGGACUCCGUAAGAAAAUUUGCAAAGGACUUGAAGGAGACUGAAAAGCGCUUUGGGAUGGACUGUUUAUUUCAGAUCAACAACGCCGGCGUGGGCAUCCCUCAGAGAAGGUUGACUAAGCAGGGCUUCGAGCUGACUAUGGCCACUAACCACUACGGCCACUUCCUCCUCACUAACCUCCUCCUUGACGUCCUCAAAGCCAGUGCACCAAGUCGCGUGGUGACCGUGUCGUCCUUGGUUCAUAAAAACUGUUCCAAGGCUGAUUUUGAGGACUUGAACUUCGACAAGUCCCCCUAUUCUUCGUUUCGUGCAUAUGCGCUCUCCAAACUGUGCAAUGUUCUCUUCACUAAAGAAAUCGCUCGGAAACUACAAGGGACAGGUGUGGUAGCUAAUUGUCUCCAUCCAGGUGUUGUCGCAACAGAGAUACUAAAUAAAGAAAACACAUGGAUGGGCGCGCUGCUUACCUUCUUAAUCGGGCUUAUAGGCAAGACUCGAGACGAUGGAGCGCAAACUAGUAUCUACUUGGCUGUGGCUGAAGAAGCUCAACACAUAUCCGGAAAAUAUUUCGUAGAUUGCAAGGAGAGCCCGUGCUGCAAGCUAGCCGAAGACGAAGGCCUGGCCAAGAAACUGUGGGAGGUGAGCGAACGAAACGUCAAACUGCAACCUGCUGAGGUAUUUUACUAGUGGGCGUGGCUAUUGAUCAAUGGGCGCUCCUAUGUUUAUGAAGGGAAUUGAUGUGCGUUAACGCUCCUCACAACUGCGAAAUAAUCGACAUCGUGAGAGAAAGAAUAUCACGGACGGGGCUUCGAUCUACAAGUUUUGUGGCAACACGGACGUUCAAGAUGUCUUACAAAACCGUCUUAGACUUAAGCAGGGUAAAGAGUUGUUCAACGGUCUGUCUGAUUUCUUUUAUUUACGCUAUCACCACUGCCGUUUCAUUAAUCCGCCAGACAAAUUUCGUCUCCAGCUUUAACAAGGGGGUGGAAGCAAACUCCCCACCUAUGGAGAUACCUUACUUUGAUCGAAUUAACAGAUUGUGAAAAAGUUAAGAAAAGGGAAAUGCAAUAAUUUGAAGAAAUAAACCCUGUUUCACUUAACACUUAGCUCAUACUUUCCAAAUAUAGUAUAAUGAAAUAUGUUAAUAUAUAUAUAUAUGAAAUAAGCAUGAAACAAUGUAACAUAAUUCACCAAAGAAUAAAAUGCUAUAAGAUCUAAGAACACUUGUGGAUGAUUCAAUUAUCUCUAUUAGAAACUAUCCCUUGGUUUUCAUGUUAAUCUCUAUUCUUUUACUGUAACUCAAUUAUAUACUGGAGUUUUCUAGUUGAUCUUGACAAUGGUUAACACUUUAAAUUAACAAAUCUGCUAGACAUCAAAGGUCAUAUAGAACUAUUGACAAUGUUCGGUGAUGUGGUCCCUGCUCAGUAGUUUGCCAUAGCAUAUUUAUCCUAGGUUUUAGAUAAUGAAAUGUAAUCCAAAAGAUGAAGCAUAUACUUUUGACCUGCCUCUCUUAUAGAGGUGCAUUUAGUUGCCAUUAAUAUGGAUGAAAAAGUCUACAUUGAUCUACUGGUACUUUUGUGAACUUCUGGAAGUAAACCUGCUUUAAAAAAAUAUGGAGAUAAAAUUUUUAAUGGAUGCUAAAUAUAUAUUUCUCACUCUAUUACUUUAUACCAAGUAACAAAAUAAAUGAAAAUACUACUGUUUAGGAAUAUAAUAUGAAAAAACACACCAAAAAACUUUUAGUUUAUUAAAUAAUAUUUUUGGGGGUACAGUACUUAAUAUUACUUUUUCAUUAUUAAAUUCAUAAGUAUGAUUUGAUGUUUUAUUCAUGUAUUGAAUCCAUGAUUUCCUUGAAAAUAUGUAUCCAUUUUUUAAUUAAUCAUUAAGAGAACUGGUAAUAUUUUCCUUCACUAUGAUCUCAAAUACAAAGAAUACACUGUGUAUUGUACUACUAGAAAAGGUAUCCCGGCCAAAAAAGUACACCUGAAACUUUCAACAGCAAAUACAACUGGGACAAUAUAAUUCCUAAAAAUGGACAGAAUUUAAAGUUCAGUUCAAUCCAAAAUUGCAACCUUUAUCAUUCCAACAAUGCCCACUUCUUUCAUUUAUGAUGUAAGCUAUUCAACAGUAAGCGCACGUAUGUGUAAAUAUAUGUAAAUGUGUCCAUGGAAACAAUGUACACACCCACACAUACACAAGAGUAGGUAGCAUUUUCAUGGAAUUUUGGAUUCAACAAUAAUGCAUAAUACCUAUUGUAUCCGUGCUUUAUACCUGUAGAUAUUUCAUUGUUCUCUAGAUUCAUGAUAGGUAGAUUAGACAGCCAAAACUCUACAAAAUCUGUCUACACAUAGACAGCCAUAUUUCUUUACAAAACCUGUCUAUACUUAGGUACUUUACCUAAAAAACUGUAUGACAUCUUGCUCCUACAUUUAAUGACAAUGAAUAUUCCUCACAAUGACAAAUUUGUAAUGAUAAGAAAUAUGUAAACAAUAAAAUCCACCA